GAGACACCAUUGUCCUUCUUCUCAAUUCGUCUUUCUUAUCUUACUCUAUUUCUAUUUUCUACUAAGAAUCAUGUCUGCUAUUACUACUGAAAAAGCUACUUUUGCUGCCGGUUGUUUCUGGGGCGUAGAACACAUUUACAACAAACACUUUAAGGAUCUUGGCAUUCUUACCACCGUCGGCUAUAUCGGUGGAGAAGUUGAAAAUCCCAAUUAUCCUCAAGUUAAGACUGGAAAAACAAAUCACGCCGAAGCUUGUCAAAUUACUUUUGACCCAUCCAAAGUUUCCUAUGAAACCUUGACAGAAUUCUUUUAUAAAAUGCACGAUCCCACUACUGCCAAUUAUCAAGGCCCCGACGUUGGCACCCAAUACCGUUCAGCCAUUUUUUACCACGGUCCUGAACAAAAGGCCAUUGCCGAAAGAGUUACAAAACAAGUGCAAGAAAAGCACUAUCCCGAUACUCCCAUUGUUACUGAGAUUGUACCUGCCACCACCUAUUACAAUGCCGAAGAUUAUCAUCAAUUGUACUUGGAAAACAACCCUGAAGGAUAUGCUGUAAGUUUUUUUUUUAGGAUAGAAAAACAGUUUAUCAAUCUUUUUUUUUCUAAUGUUUCUCAUCUUUAGUGUCCUACUCAUUAUCUUCGUUGGUAAUUCUUUUUCCUCUUAAAACCUGCAACAAUCCAAAACAAACCCUGUAUAUUUCA